AAAUGCCAAAGAAGAAUCGCAUGUCGCCUGGACAAUUGUUCAAAGUCUAUCGUCAGGUUGAGGGAAUUACUCAGAAAUGUCUGGCCGGACAUGGAAAUAUUCAAACUUUAACAUUUAAUAAUAAUUCUAUCAUGUCGAAAGGAAUGACCUUUGCUUUGGGAAUUGAAGUUUUAAAAUACCAUAAAAUUAUUGACAAGAUUAUUGCUGAGAGUGGAUUGUUUAAAAAGAAACCAAGUUUAAAGAAGGAUCAAGGAAUGCUCAGAAUUAUCAUGUUUGAAGCCUUGUUUGGAGAAAAGAGUGGUGACUCUACUAGUAUUGAGGAAUUGUGGAAACGUUAUGAUAAGAUUAAUUUUGAUUUGUUUAAACUUGGAAGAACUGAAUAUGCAACUUGGAAAUCACUCUUGGAUAAGGAAAAGAAGAAAUUAGGAUAUACCACAAAUGAAGGUUUUGUUGAUCCAAAAUAUGCCAAAUCAAAGACACAUCAACAUGAUAAUCCAGAAAUUGAACUUAUUAGAUAUGUUAGAGUGAAUACCCUUAAAACAACAAAGGAAGAAGUAAUUAACAAAUUCUCUGAACUCGGAUAUGAAUAUAGACCAGUUGGAUUGGAUAAAACUGAUGAUUUUGAUAAGAAUGAAAAAUCAAUUGUUGAAGAUAACCACUUGACUAAUGAUGUACUUGCAUUAUAUCCUUCCAAUGUUACACUUCAUGAUUUGGAAAUGAUAAAAUCUUAUGAAAUCAUUGCUCAAGAUAAAUCGUCGUGUUUCCCACCAUUUUUGAUUCAUAAAGAAUUGGGAGGAAAGCUUGGAAAGAAUGAUUGUUUAAUUGAUGCAUGUUCUGCUCCUGGAAAUAAGACAUGUUAUUUGGCAGCUCUUUUCCCUUCUAAUCAAAUUUAUGCAUAUGAGAGAAAUAAGAAUAGAUACGAAACAUUGAAGAAUAGAAUGGUUUUGGCUGGAGCUAGCAACGUAGAAUGUAAAUUGGAUGACUUUUUACAAACAAAUCCAUCAGAUCCAAAAUUCAAGAAUGUCAAGGCUAUCAUGUUGGAUCCAUCAUGCUCUGGUAGUGGUAUUGGUCACGGAAAUUCAAUCAAGAAGGAACGUCUUCUCAGUUUGCAACAAUUCCAGCUCAAAUUGCUUACUCAUUGCUUUAAUUUCCCUAAUGUUCAAUUUAUUUCAUACUCUACCUGCUCAGUUUGUGAGGAAGAAAAUGAAUGUGUCACAGAGAUGGGAUUAAAGGCAUCGAAUGGAGCAUUUGAAGUUGUUCAUACCUUCCCAGAAUGGGAACAUAGAGGAUUGGAAAGCUCACCUGUAGGCGACAAGUGUGUCAGAGUUGAUCCAAAGAGAGAUAAGACAAAUGGGUUCUUUGUAGUCUGUUUCAGAAGAGUUAACAAGCAAUAGAGAAUUCGUGAUGUGAAGUAUUGAGAUUGAGCUGCUCACUUUAUGAAGUUUGAAAAGAUAUUGACCUUAUUCAAUUUCUCCAAUUUUCAGUAAAAAUCAUAUUAACUAUUAAUAAUUU